AUGGAACUUGUAAUGGAACAGCUAGAUAUUCAUUCUACUUCUGAUGCUUUUGAAGAUUAUUUGGAAAGGUUUGAAAUUUGGAGUAUGACCAGGAAAGAUGUCAAAGAUGAUAAAAUUGUGGCUCAUUUCCUAACAUUCAUCGGAAAAGAAGCGUACAGCUUAUUGAAAACCUUGGCAUAUCCAGAAAAACCUAUUUCACUUCCCUAUGCAAUGCUUAAGGAGUUAUUAUUGAAUCAUGUAAAGUGCCCUGGUUUUGAAUGCCGUGAAAGAGCGAAAUUUCAUAAGAUGAUUCGUCAAAAUGACCAAAAUGUUAAGGAAUUUAUUCUUGAAUUGCAGAAACAGGCUGUCAAAUGUUCCGAUUCUCGUGUAAAAAUGAACGGUGUCUCAAAAAAGAAUUACAAAGGAAAUCAAAAAGGUGAGACCAAGUUUGGCAAAUGUUUAUCAUGUGGAAAACUUCAUUCUCGUUAUUAUUGUACAUUUCGUAAUGCUAAAUGUUUUAGAUGUGGUAAGAUAGGACACAUUCAAGCAGUAUGCAAAGCUACUGUUCAUUUUGCCUCAAGUAGUACUAAAGCUUGUAAUUUAGAUCCCAAUAAUUCAGUUGAUCCUAAUGAUCAUUUAUCUUUGUCUACCAUUUCGAAAGUGCAUAAGACUUUGAAUGAUUUGUGUACGAAAAGUGUAAUUGAACCUGUUCAGUCUUCAGCAUGGGGUACUCCUAUUGUUACGCCACUGAAAUCGGAUGACAAGACUCAUAGAAUAUGUGGUGACUAUAGACUAACAUUGAACUCCCGUUUAUUGAAGCAAACAUGCACGACGGUAGAGGCUGAAGAUUUCCUAAAUCGACUUCAUGGUUCUAAAGUGUUCUCGAAAGUUGACCUAAAAGAUGCUUACCUUCAAAUCCCUUUAGAUCAAUCCUCAUCUAUUUUGACGACAAUUAAUACUCCUUUUGGUCUGUUUAAAUACAAUUUCCUUCCAUUUGGGCUAAGUUGUUCUCCAGCCAUAUUCCAGGAAGUUAUGAAUAAGGUGGUUAGUGAUCUUGAAGGUGUUGAAGUUUAUCAAGAUGAUCUGAUUGUUCAUGGUGCUGAUAAGGGAGUUCAUGACCAGAGACUUAUUGCUUUAUUGCGUCGUUUAAUUGAGAAGAAUAUUACAGUAAAUCCAAAUAAGUGUUCAUUUAGUGUAUCUAGUUUUGAAUGUCUUGGAUACCUAGUUGAUGGUAAUGGUUUUAGACCAGAUAUGAAACGACUAGCUCCACUGACAAAUGCACCGUCUCCAAAAAAUCUUACGGAACUACGUUCACUAGUGGGUGCUCUUCAAUACUAUUCCCGUUUUAUUCCUAAUUUUUCUUGUCGUGCAAAUUGUUUAUCUAAUAUUUUGACAUCCAAUUCAUUCAAAUGGGGUGAGGAACAAGAGUCAUGCUUACGUAGUCUACUAAAGUUUCUUCAAAGUGAUGCUGUUUUUCGAACGUACUCCCCUAGUGUACAGUCUGUGCUUAUCACUGAUGCAUCACCUGUGGGUAUUGGCGCAGUUUUCAAACAGGAAGGUAGACCAGUUAUUUGUGUUUCACGAAAACUUACUGUUACUGAACAAGGCUAUUCACAGACUAAGCGAGAGGCAUUAGCUGUGUCCUGGGCUGUUAAAAGACUUCAUAAAUAUUUAUUCGGAAAGAAAUUCACUAUUGUUACUGAUCAUGAGGCUUUACAGUUUAUUUAUCAUCCUGAAAAAUCCUUAGCACGUGCCUCAGCUGCCAUGGUUCAACGAUGGAGUAUUGCUUUUAGUACCUAUGACUAUACGGUUCAGCACAGGAGUGCCAAACAAAUUCAACAUGUUGACUACAUUUCUCGACAACUAUUUUUUGGUGCAACCUUUACCAGUGAAACGUCCAGAUCUCAUUAG